AUGGCUCCUCGCAAGCGCGCCGCUGCUCAGCUGCCCUUUGGUGUACCUAGCACCAGCCCCAUGAAACGGAAGGCUGCUAGGGAGGUGGUUGACAUACACCCACAUAAGCGCACUCAGGCGGCGCAUCUGCAAGCACGGCUUAAUGCACUGCUUGCCAGGAAACCACUCCCCUCAAUUCCCAGCCCUUCCCAGACACUAGAAGAGGAUAAUCCCUACUUCUCCGAGCCUCUUGAGCCGCCACAGACACUUCCUGAUCAUUCUGGGGAUCCUAGCCAGCACUCAGAAGAUGCAUCUGUUCAGCCUUUGGUCUCAAACGGAAAUCUUGACGAGCCAAUGCCUGCAGUCAAUGAGCGUGCUGUACGGGCUGCAGACAAUUGGGAAACUCUUUUGCCCAAGUUGGAAUCUGUGUUUCUCGAUUUUCAUCGUGCAUACCAUGGAGCAGUUCGACCAACAAUUGCUUCUUCGCUUGAUGCUUCGGGUGCAGAUCCGUCUGUGCCGAUGCAAAUGCCUGCCCGUGCUGCUCUUGGAGAAUGGGGAGUUUCUCUCGACGUUUUGGACUCGUACCGAGCCUACUUCGAGCGAUCUGCCGAUGCAAUCACAGCCCUAGCUGCCUCCUUGGCUACAGUAUAUCGGCGUCGGGGAUUUGAGCUGGGAUUUGAUUCGACGGCUGUGGAACACAUUGAUGAUCCCUUCCGCAACGUGCUGUCACAUGCUGUUCUCUACUCAUCUCUGGUUCGUUCGCGGUUGGAGAAGCGACUUGAAGUGUGUCUGAGAGCAACAGAAGAUGUCAUAGCAGUGGAGGAAAAAGUGGCAGCUGAGAGACGAGCUGAGCUUGAAAAUGCUGAGAUGCCAUUGGCAGCUGAGCUUGAUGCAGAAUUUGGAGGUGUGGAGUCUGCGCCGUCUGGCGGAGCGGAGCAGGCACCAGCCUUGGAUGCUGGCCACGUGUCUGAGGACCCAUCUGCAUUGACACAUUUGACCAAAGGACGUGCCGAUCGUGUAUUACGAGAACGGUGUCCUGCCUGCUUUGCACUGGAGGAAUGGGGAAGAUCGCUGAGCGAAGGUGGUGAUGUGCAGCUGGGAGGAGAUGGGUGUUUCAGCCUACGACAUCUUCGCUCCUCUGGAGAUGGUCCCAUUCCCUUCUCCCCAGCAUACUUCCUGAGUGACGCAGAGAUGAAAACUACUCGUGCGCGCAUCACUGCUGCAAGAGCCAAGCCGCCUCGCAAAUUCAAACCUGCCAUUCCUCAGGCUGCUCUCGACUCAUGUCAGAGUUCAUUUGAUGCUGCCAACGAGAGCAAGCAGAAGGCUGAUCCAAAGCACUUUGAUUCAACUGGUGCCUUCGUUCUCACCUGUCGCCACUCACAGGUGUUGUUUCUGGCAAACAUGGAUACCCCAGGAGAGCAGCAGUGUUAUCUGGUUGCUCUUUUGGACAAAGUCGCAUCUCUUCUUCCACCAGUGGCAACAAUCUUACAGGCCUACGAUAUUGGAUGUCAGAUGGAUCAUUCGUGCCACUUGUACCCACUGCUUUCUCCAACUCUUCGGGAGCGAAUCGCAUUUGUGAUCAACAUCAUGCAUUCGUUUGGACACGAAUGGGAUUGUCAGCUGGUGUAUAGUCCAAGAUUCUUUGUCGGAAUGGGCCUGUCUGACAUGGAAGGUGUUGAACGCUUUUGGUCGCGGGUCCGGAAACUGAUCAAUUUGACCCGGCAACAAUGGCAAUCUCGUCGUAUCUGGAUGCUAGAUGAAUACACCGCAUUCGUGAAUCAGGAGGGCGCUGAGAAGCUCGGGGAUUGGUUGGAUCGCCAGCAGGCCAAUCUUCUCCCCAAGUACCGACAGAGCAUCAAGACAUUACAUGCCUGUCGUGUGUCAGAGAGAGAGCUACGAUCUCAGUGGAGGGCACAAAAAGCGGCGCAGAGUAGCCGAAACAUCAAGGCAUCUGCGCGGUUCCGUAAGGAUCUGGACAAAGUGAUUACUCUCCAGAAUCAGAUCGUGUCUGUCGAGACCGCCAUUCUGGAUGUGAAGAAGUCAAUUGGAACCUCAGGUGCAUCUGUGGAGACGUUGUGUCAUCUUGAUGAGAUGGAGGACACCCACAUGGAGCUCAGUGACCGUGCAGAUGCACUGUAUGCAUCGCUUAAUCUGCGGCACACAUUUCCCCAGCUCUCUGGAUUGCCGGCAAACUUUGUCAAGUUGCUGCUUACAAUGCAUGACUUGAAAGUAAACAUCCGGAAGCGUGCAGUUGGGUCAUUUUACGAGAUGGAGACUUUAGAUCGUGCUGUAGGUGGGAAGAAGGAGAGUUUGGGAACAAAGUUUCACCAACAGACUCGAAAGGCAAUGGCUAAGCGACAUCCAAUUCUCUAUCGCCUGAUUGAGCGUUUCAAUUCGCUGUGCGAGAAAGCCGAGGAGGAAUUCCCCGCAGGCUGUCAUCUACCUGUUCCCCACCCACUACCCACACGAUUAGCGUCUCUCCGAAAUGACCUAACACUGUACGAGGAUGUCUGCGUCACACCAUCAUCUGGAGCAAUUCCGCGUUGGUUGGACGACUCAGAUGUUCGGGAUGGGAUUCAAAACAUGCACUCUGUUGAUCGAUGCACGGAGGAGAUGCCACGGCUCAACCGAGAGCGUGCCAACCUCGAGCUGUAUCUCCUGGCAGAGACAGCACUCGUAUCCAGAUGCAUCCAUGAGGCAGCAGGAGAUCCACUGCUUCAGCAUCUCCUUCAGCUCCGGGCCACGGAUCUCGAAAGGUUGGCUAAACGGUGGCGGAAGUCCUUUGGACAAUACACCUUGAGCCCUUUCUCUGGUGGAACAAUAUUCAUGUCUGGGUUCUCAAGUGCAGCUGCAUCUGCAUCAAAACAUAGCACGCAGACCAACAUCAGCCGCCCAAAUCUCGGUGCUGAAAAUCAUCGGCCUCUAUCAACGCCAGAAAUCGUGCCAGUUCCGCAGAGUUCCAGUCAUCUUAACAAUCCUGCUGAUGCCAUCAUCUCAUCUGCACGAUCACCUAGCCCUGAUCUGGAUGCAUCUGCUGGGAAUAUUGAUGGGAGUGCAAGUGCUCAUCUUCAUCUUGCAUCAGCGGACAUUCCACUGGUUGAAGAAAUCCCUGAAGAGAACCUUGAUGAUGACAUCGAGAUCCUUGAAAUGCAGGAUACCCUGCAGAAUGUCGAUCUUGAUGAUGACGAGGAUACAUCUGCAUUCGCGCAAUCAGAUGUCAAUGUCGCAAUACAUUGGGAAUGUCCAGAAAUCACAUACGAAUCAACCAUGUUCAUAGAGCUCGAGCAUCGCAACAACAAUCUUAACAAAUAUCGUGGUGAUGUCCCACAUGUUGUUGUUCGCGGUCACGAGCUCAAGAAAUUGACAAUUCUGGCGGAGGAUCUGGCCAGGUUUAUCAAUCCGACUGGCCUUCUCAGUGGGCAUGGCAUCAAUGGUGUAGCCGCCUCAAUGCUUGCAAUGUUUGGUCAAGAACACAGUCCAUACAAUGUGCAUGCUCGUCGCUGUGCUUUGCUGUCAACUUAUGAGCUUCCACGGAUCCGUUCGGAAGCACGAGACAAAUUCAUGUGGGCUGAACUGUCACCACUUUGCUACUGGGAGAAGGAUUUCUGGAUUCUCCCCAUCCAUCGCGCCUCCCAGCAGCACUGGGUUGUUGCAGUGGCCUCUAUCCCCGAUCAGAAGAUUUUCUUCUUUGAUAGUCUCUCUGGGCGCAGCCGCUUCCGGAAGGAACUCCAGGAGUUUGUUUUGCUCAUAUCACGCAUGACCGCCCUUGCAAACCGGCACGGGAAGCGGUUGAACAUUUCAGAAAAUGAUUGGCACGCAUAUUCUCUGUUCACACCGGGAAAACCAAAACAAACGAAUGGUUACGAUUGUGGGGUUUGGAUCCUGGCAGUAAUGGGUGCAUUUAUGAGAGGGCAUCAUCUUCCAGCACUGGCUGAGCCAGAUCUUCAGAGGGCCAGGCACAUCUUUGCAGAACACAUACAGACAUUGUCCAUGAUUUAG